UUUUCAUAGAUUUACUAUUAUUUUAAACAUUCACCACUGUCCGAUGGAUAUUUUACAGUUGAUUAACUCUUGUAUUUUUUCAACCGUAAUUGUGAUGAAUGUGCUAGUUGACUAGAGGUUAUUGAUGUAUUUAUUUGUCUAGGCAAAACUAGCAUUUAUCAACAGUUGAGGAGCAUAAUGGAUAAGCACAGUGACACUAUCACUAUAGGUUUACAGAUUGAGGACAUUGCCUUUCAAGUAGGGGAGUUUUCCAUAACUCUGAAUGACUCUGGAAUGGAAAGUCUCCUCAGGGAUCCUGACACUUCUCUUUGCGACUCCACUGAAGCGGAGGACAAAUAUGAAAAUAUCCAUUCGUCUCACAUAUUCGGCUCAUCCUCUUCUCUGGCUGAAGAUAAGACUCAUCCCGCUAAUGACAAAUCACCUCUUAGGCCCAAGAGUCCAGGGGGCAGCUUUGACCCUCCUGGCUGUUUAGAGAAAUAUGUUGGCAUUGUUACAUUGCCAAACCAAGUACAACAGAAAGCAGUGAAAAAGGGAUUUGUGUUCAAUUUGAUGGUUGUUGGUGAGUCUGGCUUAGGCAAAUCCACUCUUGUCAACAGCCUUUUCCACACAAACCUCUAUAUGGACAGAUGCAUGCCCGGUGUUUCAGAGAAGAUAGCUCGGACAGUAUCAGUAACGAAAAACACUAUAGACAUUGUUGAAGAGGGAGUAAAUCUAAGACUCACUGUUAUCGACACCCCUGGUUUUGGAGAUGCCAUUAAUAAUCAUGAAAGCUGGAAGGCUGCUGUUCAUUAUGUAGAUCAGGAGAUGGAGAAGUACCGCAAAAAUGAGAUUGGGCUGAACCGUAAAAACAUAACAGACAACAGAGUGCACUGCUGUCUGUACUUCAUUUCGCCUCAUGGCCAUGGUCUCAAACCAAUUGAUGUGAACUUUAUGAAAGCCCUGGAUCAGAAGGUCAACAUUGUACCUGUGCUGGCUAAAGCAGACAGCCUCACUCCAAAAGAGACCAGCAAUAUGAAGGCAAAGAUUUUGAGUGAAAUUGAUAAAUUCAAAAUCAGGAUCUUCCAGGUCUCGGAGUGCGACACGUAUAAUGAAGAUCUGUUUAAGCAGCAGACUCUAGAGAUAAAGAGAAGUAUACCCUUUGCUGUUAUUGGGAGUAGUACAGUAGUAGAGAGAAAUGGCAGAAGAGUUCGAGCCCGUGUCUAUCCAUGGGGCACUGUAGAAGUUGAGAAUCCAUCUCACAGUGAUUUUGUGCAUCUGAGGAACAUGUUGAUCCGCACACACAUGCAGGACCUGAUACACACAACCCACUAUGUGUUGUAUGAGAACUAUCGUAUAAAUAGCCUGUGCAGGAACCCAUUCUUGGAGAAUGUCUAAGGAUUUUUCAGCAAGAUGACAGAUGAGGACAAUGUGUGUCUCACUGAAAUCUCAAAACGGAAGAGGCAAUGAAAGGGCCUACUGAAGAACUGAAAAAAAUAUAUAUUUUAAAGUACUAUUUUAAAAAGUUAACAAAGACAGAGCCAUGACCCUAUUGCAUGUUUGAAUUAUUUAAAUUGAAGUGUCAAUUUUAGUUUUUUUACCAUUUAGACCCACACAUUUAUUUGGGUUAAGACAAAAAUAAAUAAAUAAAAACAGAAACUAUGUAACUAAAA